CUUUCACAGUACAAGCUGACUGCUUACUCCCUGUAUGCUGCAGUCAGUGUUGGCCUCCAGACUCACGACAUCAUCGAAUACCUGAAGAGAUUGAGUAAGACAAGCAUUCCAGACGGCAUCGUGGAGUUCAUCAAGCUCUGUACCCUGUCAUAUGGAAAGGUGAAACUUGUUUUGAAACAUAAUCAGUACUUUGUGGAGUCACCCCACCCUGAAGUCCUCCAGAAGAUGUUAAAGGACCCUGUAAUACAGCAGUGUAGGUUGAGGAGGAAUGUUGAUGAUGCGGAUGGCUCUGGAGAAAACCCAGAUGGCUUCAUUACUCAAGUUCAGGAUAAGAAAGCUGUCCCUCAGUUUAGUUCCAAACAAGGAAGCACCAGCUCCGCUGCACCAGCAGAUUUUGGGAAUGGUACAUCAGGUGACCAGACUGACAAUAAGCCGGCAGAGGACACUGUACCAGAAGAUAUCACUCACUUCUAUGACAAGAUGGACAAGGAGGAUGAAGAUGAUGACGAGGAAGCUGUCCUCAAGACUGUCUCUUUUGAAGUGAAUCAGGAGAAGAUUGAGGUUCUCCAAAAGCGAUGCAUUGAGCUGGAGCACCCCCUGUUGGCAGAGUAUGACUUCAGGAAUGACACAGUGAACCCUGAUAUCAAUAUUGAUCUGAAACCAUCUGCUGUGCUGCGACCAUAUCAGGAGAAGAGCUUGCGGAAGAUGUUUGGAAAUGGACGCGCAAGAUCUGGAGUUAUUGUUCUUCCUUGUGGUGCUGGAAAGAGCUUGGUUGGUGUUACUGCCUGCUGUACAGUGCGCAAACGAGCCCUAGUCCUCUGCAACUCUGGUGUUUCAGUUGAGCAGUGGAAGCAGCAGUUCAAAAUGUGGUCCACAGCGGAUGAUAGCAUGAUCUGUCGGUUUACUUCUGAAGCCAAAGACAAGCCCAUGGGAUGUGGAAUUCUGGUCACAACAUAUUCAAUGAUCACCCACACUCAAAAGCGAUCUUGGGAAGCAGAGCAAACAAUGAAUUGGUUGAAGGACCAAGAAUGGGGCAUCAUGGUGCUUGAUGAGGUGCAUACAAUUCCUGCUAAAAUGUUUCGGCGUGUAUUAACAAUUGUACAAUCACACUGUAAGCUUGGGCUCACUGCUACUCUGCUUCGUGAGGAUGAUAAAAUUGCUGAUCUCAACUUCCUUAUUGGACCAAAAUUAUAUGAAGCCAACUGGUUGGAGCUGCAAAAGCGUGGGUUCAUCGCAAGGGUUCAGUGUGCAGAAGUAUGGUGCCCCAUGGCCCCAGAGUUCUACAGGGAAUAUCUCAUGUGCAAGACGAGUAAGAAACUGCUUCUGUAUGUCAUGAACCCCAGCAAGUUCCGAAGCACACAGUAUUUGGUACGAUAUCAUGAGAGACGUGGUGACAAAACCAUUGUUUUUUCUGACAAUGUGUUUGCUCUGAAACAUUAUGCCAUUAAGAUGAACAAGCCGUACAUCUAUGGUCCAACUUCACAGAAUGAAAGAAUUCAGAUACUGCAGAACUUCAAGUUCAACCCAAAAGUAAACACCAUAUUUGUCAGUAAGGUUGCUGACACAUCAUUUGACUUGCCAGAAGCCAAUGUCCUCAUCCAGAUCUCUUCCCAUGGUGGCUCACGAAGACAAGAAGCUCAGCGACUGGGUCGAAUUCUCCGUGCAAAGAAAGGGGCUAUUGCUGAGGAAUACAAUGCUUUCUUCUACACUCUGGUAUCUCAGGACACAAUGGAGAUGAGUUACUCUCGCAAGAGACAGAGAUUUCUUGUCAACCAGGGUUAUAGCUACAAGGUGAUCACCAAGCUGGCUGGCAUGGAUGAGGAACCUGAUUUGUUAUACAAGACGAGGGAGGAACAAGGUCAGCUGCUACAGCAGGUACUUGCUGCCAGCGACAUUGAUGCAGACGAGGAGAGAGUUCCAGGAGAAGGACCUCGUAUAGGUCCCACUGUCCAUCGCCGAGUCGGCAACAUGAGUUCUUUGUCAGGAGCUGAUGAUGCUGUUUAUUUAGAAUACAAGAGAACAUCUUCCAACAUCAAGCACCCUCUAUUCAAAAAGUUCAGGGCAUGACUGGAAUAUUUAGUUGUGGAUGUAGUUGAGUGUUACAGCAGUUUAGAUAUUGAAAACAAUAUCAUGAUAAACAGGAUUCCAAAGCAUAUUCAUGUCAUUAAAAAUUUGCCUUUUGUUAUAUUUACAAAUCAGUGUUUGUUCAGAGAAGCCUUCAUUCACAGGUGAGUGUAGUGUUGAAUGGUAGGAUAAUAGAGGUACUGGAAAGGAUUUGGAAGGCAGUGGUUGUGACCUAAUUGAGGUACUGUGCUGGCAUUUCCUGAAGGGACUGAGAAAAACUAUGAGAAACCACGGUCAGGAUAGGUGAUAUGGCCUGGAUUCAAACUGCACACUUUCCAAAUAUGAACCAGGGAGGAGGUGUGUGAAUAAGAUGUGAUAGAUUAUAAGUGUAGGAUUACCUUGAACUUGUGUCAGGUACUUUAAUGUGAUGUAUAUUAAAUAAUUAAAUGGUAUUUAUAUAUUUUGACAAUAAAUGGAUGUACCAAACACU